AUAAUGUAAUCUGUUACAUUUUCCAUCGGAAAAUUUUUCUGCAGUCAUCAAAUGUGAUAUGAUGCACAGUUUCGCUCGCAUAAGGCUAUAAGUUAUGCACUCGAUGCACGCGAACUCUGUCAAACAAAAAACACCAUUAAAUUCGUAUCGUACGCGUUUAAUCUAUUUCCGUCAACGAUGAUUCGUUAUUGAAAAUGAAUGAACGAAAAUUUGUACAUUCUCACAUUAAAACGAACGCAACGACUCUAUUGCAGGCGAAAACAAGCCUGUUCUAGUUUGUAUAGAAAACGCAGAUUGUUCUCAUCACUGGUUUAUGCUGGGGAUUAAAGGAUGGAAACCAUUGUCAGUUAGAGAUGGGAUCUAUCCUGAAAGGAGUGGUAAUUGGGCAAUUUAUGAAAAAUUUUGCUGAUCAUUGAAAAUUUCCUUCCUCUACACAGAAAAAGAGUAUCAGGACUUCACGUGAGAGAACAUUUUCACUGAUCUUCCUGCUCCUUUGGAUGCUGCGCUUGAUCCGGGAUACUCGAAGCUUUUAUGUAUCAGUUGAGAAAGGGCUCACGUUUCUAGAGCCACUCUAGGAUAGAAGCCUUCGUUUUAGAAUGUAGAUCAAUGUCCCGUUUCCCUGUAUUACCUCAUCUCGAUUUUAUUUUAUACUCGAUAACGGAUAACGAGCUUCUCAUUUUUCUUCUUGUUUUGUUAUUUGCAUUCUUUGACAUCUGGGACGGUACAUUAUAUAGACACAAAUCUACGUAUCUAGCUUAUCUUCUUUUGAUAUACUAAACAAACUUUUUUUUACAGUUCAAUAGAUAUGUCAGUCGUUUCCAUGACGUCAGUAGGAAGGUGAAGAAAGGAGGGAAAAGAUGAAAAUAACGCUACCGGUGUUUAAUAGCUGACAUCAGACGGCACGCAAUACGGAUUCCGAAAGAUAUUUGCUAAAACGGGAGUAGGUUGCGAAGCGUAGGGGUUGCUGAUGGUGGGUGAAGCUUCCGCUUAGAUGUGGCUGGGCCUCGAUCAAGGCCGACCUUGCCAUCCGCUCCUCUCCCCGUUUCAACCCUCUACCCCUGUCGCACCUAACCUACCCCGAAACCAGCCGAAUCCACGCAAUCUCAACAACAACCCCCGAGACUCAAAGUGUAACGGGUGCUCCAAACAGUGAUCCACACCAAUGAAGCCACCCCUUAGAGGACGCAGGAUGAGGACGACGACGUAGCCUUCCUACAUCUCUGCAUAUAUAGUUAUAAGGUUGUGUACGCUACUUGGGGGGUUGGAAGAUAGUCGGCGGCGGGCUGCAAGGUUCAGAGUAGGACGCAGCUCGCAGGAGCAGUAAUAUCGAUCGAUGCUUCGGGGCUGACGGCUCAACGGGGGUGCUGGCAAAGCGUAAGCUCCCAUAAGCAGGCUGGCUAGCUGGCCGGGCGUGGGCAACCCCUCUGUGUCCGCCCGUCUGUCCUCCUCUUUCUGUCCGUCUAUCUGUGCGUCCGUCUCGUCAUCUGAUCGUCUCUUCAUCGGAUUCUCACCCUGUCUCUGUGUCUGAUAUCCUCUGGCUCGUUAGCUGUCAACCCCUACGGCACUGGAGUUGCAGACAACUGCACGACACAGAAGGGUGAACCCGCUGGAUAGGGGAUCAUAUUAUCAUCUGGCGGUGGUGCAUCAUCCGCGAGGAAUCACAGUGCCACGGUUCCCGGGGCACGGAGAACUUGACAGCUUACAACGGACAGGAAGACAGAAAUCAAGAAAUUCCCAAAAAAAGGAGCGGACCGUGCCCAACAAUUCCAAAGUGUAUUAAAGUGUUCCUUAGGAAUUUAUAUAAUUCACCCAGAAGAAGAUCACCGGGUACCAGUUGAAUUUCUUAGUGAGAGAAUCUGUGAUUCAAAAUGUCUAACGUUUCCUGUUUAAAAAAGGUUUAGAAAAUAAGGAACAUGCAAGGAUAUCAGUAUUACAGUUUAUUAUGUGCUGGGAAGGAUUGCACGAAGUUCGUGUCGUCAUUGAAGUCAAAUGUACUUUAGUGAAAUGAUUAUCGAGUCAUCAAUGAGGGAAGAGUCUGAGGGGAGAUCAUGAAGAGAAGAAGGAUCGAUUGACUUUUGAAGCAGCACUGGCUAUCCGGUUUUACGUUUUAAGGCUGAGAGAAUGGAGGACUCGCCACCUAGGAUACGACCUUACCUGGACAGCUGGGACAAUGAGGACAAGUACUCGGUAGCAAACAGUCAGGCGCCACUACAGGCUGGCGAAGAAGAACAUCCUGAACGAGGAACAUGGACCGGAAAAUUCGACUUUCUUCUGUCACUUUUAGGAUACAGCGUUGGCCUUGGAAAUGUCUGGCGAUUUCCGUACCUUUGCUACUCCAAUGGCGGCGGUGCCUUUCUUAUUCCUUUUACAGUGAUGCUUAUCAUAGCCGGACUGCCAUUGAUGUUCAUGGAACUAUCCCUAGGUCAAUACGCGAGUCUGGGACCCGUAGCAGCUUACAAGCGCUUCUGUCCUCUGCUUCGGGGACUCGGAUACGGCAUGGUACUUGUAAGCUCAGUGGUAAUGCUGUACUACAAUCUGAUCAUUGCUUGGACUCUGUACUACAUGAUAGCAUCAGUGAUAGGAGGAGGUGAGCUACCCUGGAGUAUGUGCGAUCCUUCCUGGAGUACAAUAGACUGUUUCACACCGGAAGCUGCUGAGACAUGCGCAGCACAGAACACCUCGUAUUACAAAGGGAAUUGUUUGAAUUCCACUCAGAUGAUUUCUAUGAAUUUAACUAUGCAUAAUAUAACAACAGCCAUAAGGCGGCCGCCAGCUGAAGAAUAUUUUAAUAAUCACGUACUAGGACUGAGUAGUGGAAUCGAAGAAACCGGAUCAAUUCGUCUGCCAUUGGCGGCUUGUCUUUUUCUGGCUUGGGUCAUUGUAUUUCUUUGUCUCAGCAAGGGCGUGCAAAGCUCUGGCAAGGUCGUCUACUUUACUGCACUGUUUCCUUACGUUGUUCUGAUUGCCCUAUUCAUCCGCGGCAUUCUUUUACCUGGUGCCGACGAAGGGAUCCUAUUUUACCUGACACCGGAUUGGCGACGCCUGACGUCUGCGAAGGUCUGGGGCGACGCUGCUGUCCAGAUAUUCUUUGCCUUGAGUCCAGCCUGGGGUGGCCUAAUCACUCUAAGUUCCUACAACAAGUUCACCAACAACUGUUACAAGGACUCUCUCAUAGUAGCUGUCAGCAACAUUGGCACCUCCUUCUUCGCCGGUCUUGUCAUAUUCUCCGUCAUCGGGUUCCUGGCUCAUGAACUAAAUGUACCGGUUGCCUCGGUCGUUGACCAAGGUGCAGGGCUGGCCUUCAUCGUUUACCCUGAGGUCGUCGCUAGACUACCGGUGGCUCCUGUCUGGUCUCUUCUCUUCUUUCUCAUGCUAUUAACUCUUGGACUGGAUUCUCAAUUCGCACUCAUGGAAACCGUAACCACUGCAAUACUCGACGGAAUUCCUGCACUACGGAAUUAUAAGUUCUGCGUCGUCCUAACAGCGGCUGUACUUGGAUAUGCUGGUGGAAUUAUAUUUACUACUAACGCUGGAAUGUAUUGGCUUCAAUUGAUGGAUAAAUACGCUGCCAACUGGUCGGUCCUCUUGAUAGCCAUCAGCGAGUGCAUCCUGGUAGCAUGGAUAUAUGGAGCCGAUAGGUUCUUGGAUGACGUUGAGCAAAUGAUUGGACCACGAGGAAGAGUCUGGAGAUUCUUCUGGACCUGGAUGUGGAAAGUGGUGACACCAGCUGCUUUAUUUUUCAUACUCUUCUUCAACUGGGUCGAAUACGAGCCCCUCAAAUAUGGAGCAUACGUGUAUCCAAGAUGGGCGGAUGUCGUUGGGUGGAUCGUCGGUCUCCUCCCCGUCUUCGUCAUCCUAGGAUUAGCAGUCGUACAGCUGCGGAAAAAACGUCGACGUCCAACGUACGAUGAUGACGAUGACGAGGAUGAUGAUCUCGAUGCAAAUGGAUCCCAGAGUAAGAAUAAGGAUAGAGGAAAUGAGAAAAAUAACAGUGUGUGGUCUCGUGCACGCAGAUUAUUGCAGCCAACUUCAGACUGGGGUCCCGCUACCAGACACCCUUUGACACCCUCGAGGACGCUCACCCAUACUCUACCCCCAGGUCAACCAGGUGGAUACGAUUCGGUACGAGAUACAAUAGUCCUGGUGAACGGUCAGCCAAUGAUGGUCCAGCCGCCAGGGUCAACUGGGGUCAGUCAAAAACUUCCAGGACCGUCAAUUUUGAAAAAUUCAAGCAAAACCGAUCUGAUAACGUCACAGCAGGUCUGACACGACGUCCAUUUCUUCCCGGCGAAAACGUCUUAAGUCAUCAUCGCAAAGACGUCGCGACGCCCUUGAUCCUGGCACUUGAGCCAGACACAAUAAUAAAAGUCGAACGGUCGCUUAACACUGGUUAUUAGUACUCACCAUACUUGAUCGAUUAAUUGUUAAUUAAUGAGAUAUUAUUUUUAUAUUCUUUUAUCUCCCAGUUAUUGUGACUAAAAAAUUAUUCUUUUAUACCGAUCGUUUAUUCGUCAUCGUCGAUCGAUGACGUUAUAAUCCAUUGUCUAAUUAACAAUACGCCGGCGUUAUCAAACUUGUUAUCUCCUAUUACACCAAGUCACUUCCAUGAGAUUAAUAUCAAUUAUAUCUUUGAAGAAUGUUUAUAUUUUUAUGAAGCAAAAAUUCAAGAGCGUCUAAUGAACGAUACGUUGAUAACGGUGCGCAAUUACGUCCAGGCCGCAACUAAGAUCGACGUUAACUAAAACUAGCGAUAAGACAAAUGACACUAGAGAUAAUAUAUUAUAUAAAAUAAGUAUAAAAUUAUAAAAAAUUGCGGUCACGGCCAGGGCUUGUAAUAAAAGAGGCAGGACAGGCUAAACAUGCGAUCUGAAUUUGAUCUCUUUAGAGCAAGAUGAUUAAAUAAAACCAAAUAAAAGGAUGAAGCUUGAAAAUUAAAAAUUACAAAAUAGCCGUCGGAUUUAGGUUAGACUGAUAAGGAUGUUUAUAAUUGUUAGACUUUGAUGGCAGGUCGUCAAACGAAACGAAAAUGAAUUCACAUAUACGUGUACGUACAGUCAAUAAUGAGAAAAAAAAACAGAAUGUAACUCCUUAUUUUGUAUGUGACCUGAUUUGUAAAGUGUUACUAGGUGUAUCAUAUAUAUAUAUAUAUAUAAAUAUAUAUAAAUACUAUAUAUAUUAUCAUAUAUGUAUACACAGAAGAGCGUAUAUCUAUAUGGUAAAUAGUUUAUUACACGUACAAAAUGAAAGACGUUUGAUAAAAAUAAGUUGCCGAUAAAAUGUUGUCAUAUCCGCGCGUAAGGGAAAAUAAGUAAAUCUGGAUGAAAUUAUGUGAAUAGAGAAAAAAAAACAUGUUCGCACGCACGAAUGAUUUAGCUCUAUAUUAUGUUGCGUGCAAUAAUAUCAAUAGAGAAUGUGCUUGAUGGUCGUAUAAUAUUGAUUUGUAACUGUGUUAUAGCGAGAGGCAGAUAAAACGAAGGAUAAAAAGAUUGUUUCGAAAAUAACAAAAGUGAACAGACAAUGAUUUAAUGGGAAAUCAAUCAAUAGGAAAAGUAGCAAAAUAGUAAUUUGAUGAUCAAUCAGUGAUUGGGUCGCUGAUAUAGUUAGGCAAUAUAAAAAGUAUCAAAGUAAAUUGCGUAGCCGUAUUAUUAAUGAAAUAAAUAUUGUCGUUGGGAUAGAAAAGUUCAAAUACAAAAUUUUCAGCAGAAUUGAGUCUCUCGAUGUCGCGCAGUGAUUUGUGCACGCGAACGAAGCGCAGUAGUAUGGAUGAUUGAGACGACUGAGGAGAAAGAAAAUAAAAAUAUUAAUAACUAGGUGCUUGCGUUGAUUGAGGUGUCUAAUUAAUUUAGUCGGUUGAUUGACGGAUUAUAGGUAGAGAGAGAUUUUAAAAAUUGAGAAAUAUUGAAAACAGUAGAGCAAACAGUACAAAGUGACGUGUCAUAGUGCUACCGAGCCGCCGUGUCGAAUUAAAUAAAUUAUUUAUGAAGUGAACGUGAAGUAAAAAGGGAGAAGAGUAGAGAGAAAAAAAAUAAAAGAUGUCUCAGGAUUAGGAACAUUUGAAAUUAGAUAGACUAUGUCUAGUAAAUGGUGGAUAAGGGAAAAUAUAGUGAAAUAGUUUAAAAUUGUAAUUGAAAUAUGAAAAAUAUUGAACAUGGCACCGGGGCUAAUGGGGUAAGAAAAAUUAAAAAAAAAAUAACGUUCAAUGCCAGUCUGAGGUAAAAAAAUAUUAUAUCGUAUAAGAUUUAUGUAUACGUAGAGUACAUAGGUAUAUAUAGACUGUUUAUAUAGAGUAUAAAAUAUAUAUAUUAUAUAUUGGGUUACUCAGCUCAGGCGAUACGAAUAAAUUGAGUAACCCGGUAUAUGUGUAAGAAAUUGAGGUAUCUUCGAGAAAGAUAAUUCACAGUUUAUGUAAUGGCGGCUUUUACGUUGACAGA